UACUAUACUCAGCGCCAUCUUGUUGCAACUCCUCUACGUAUGUGGAAGAGUUUCUACGAGGGGUAUCCGAUUACCUUUUUCUUCAAUUUUGCUGACUGAAAUACUGGAUCCUUACAUUGAAAAAUAAAGUGCAUAGCCUGUAACAUUCGCUUAAUUUUUGCUUGUAACAUUUUGUUUCCAAUACGUAGAAGAAAUGAGCAUCGAGACGCUUUUAGAAGCAGCCAAGUUUUUGGAAUUGCAAGCCCAGCAACAACAGAAGGCACGUGAGGAGAAUGAGCUGAGGGAGAAGCUUCGCCUCCAACAGCUGUCUGACCACACCCACAGGCGCAAUGAUGUCACUUCCUACUCCCCCAUCCAGAUUAACCAUGUGACCCGAGCAGAAGAGUCCUGCCCCCAUUCGGAGCGCCGCCCCGCCCCUGUCCCGCCCCCACUGCCACCCCCCUCCAUGCCCAUUACUGUCAUCCCUAUCCCCAUGAUGACCUCCAACCACACAGGUCUGCCCCCCACUGUCCCAACCCCCUCCUCCACCACCCUGUCCCCCCAGGCCGGGGCAGCACCCUACCUGGCCUCCCCCAGGAGGGACCCUCACUCCCCAGGGCACGACCACCAGGGACAGGGUGCACUUUUGGCUCUCUCUCCUCAGGUGAAGACAGACCACUCCCACCACUUGCCGUUGACCCAAUCUGGCAACCACAAGCAGAAUCACCACCAGCUUCCGCAGAUGGUUUCCUCCCAAUCUGGCAACCAUAAACUGCUGCAGAAGCAGCAGCAGUCACCCCAGCUGGUGCAGCCCUACCCUGGCUCCAUCGUCUCAGCCCCCCAGCUGCAUGCCUUACUCCCCCAGCCAGGGCCCCCCCAGACACCCCGUGGGGCCCAGACCAGUCCUUUUGGGGGCCGAGGCAGCCCCCCUGACCUGGAUGGGAAGAAGAGGCCUGGAGGGGCAGGGACAAGAGAAGUACAUAACAAGCUUGAGAAAAACAGACGGGCUCACCUGAAGGAGUGCUUUGAUACCCUGAAGAAAAACAUCCCCAAUGCAGAUGAGAAGAAGACCUCUAACCUCAGUGUCCUGAGGAGCGCCCUCCGAUAUAUACAGACGUUGAAGCGCAAGGAGAAGGAGUACGAGCAUGAGAUGGAGAGACUGGCGCGGGAGAAAAUCGCUACUCAGCAGCGAUUGGCUGAGCUGAAGAACGAGCUGAGCCAAUGGAUGAAUGUCAUGGAGAUCGACCGUGUUCUCAGACAGACGGUUCAACCAGAAGACGACCAGGCUUCUACCUCUACUGCCUCAGAGGGUGAAGACAUCAUGGAUGACGAUAUGGAUGAGGAGAAUGUUCCGGCAGCCUUACCCACCGUGCCUCAACAAGCCAUGCAACCCGAGUUGUACAAGACUGUGACCCCCACUCCCAUAACCCCCACCACCUCCAUCCUCACCCAACACAUCUCCAGCCAACACAAGGCCCAAACGUACCCCCACCCGCUGUCACCCCUGGCUGUCUCGGCUACAUUCUCCACCCCAGCAUCCAACAUCACCACCACCCCUAUCCAGGCCAUCCUAUCGUCUCACACACACAUCGUAAACUCCCCUAGCACCCUCUUCCCGGCUCACACACACAUGGUGACCGCCCACGCUCAUACUCACAUGGUAAAGGCCCCCAGCCUCCAGCCCACGGUCAUUGCCCAUGCCUCGGCUUCCCACGCCUCUGUCAUCCAGGCCGUCAACCACGUCAUCCAGGCUUCAUCUGGAGGAGCCAAGCACAUCACCCAUCUAGCUCCCUCCUCAGCCCCAGGGCACCACUACCAGCCCAUCGGAGACAUCCCCAUCCACCCUGUUACCCACCUGGGCCAGCACCAUCUACCCACCAUCUACCCCCAGUCCGUUGCUGUCACCCAGUCAGCCAUGGUGGGCCACAUCACCCAUACUCUCGCCCAGGUCAAUGGUACUGCCCCCAACCAGGGCACAACCACCAUCAUGGGAAAGCAGGCGGCAGUUGGUGCCCAGGUGGUGACACAUCACCAACAGCUGCUGAACCCUGUAACUAUGGUGACCAUGCCUUCAUUCCCCGUUAGCACUCUGAAGCUAGCCUGAUCUCUGAACCAGGCCAGAGCCAUCCUGAAGCUAGCCUGAGAACCAAGCUAAAUGAACAGGCCACACCCACCCUGAGGUGGCCAGAGUCAGGCUGAAGUCGGAGACAGACCUCCAGAUCUGGAGACCAUCGGCCUCAGAGCAGACCAGCCGGACAGGAACCAGCCCAGACUCAGAGCCCCGGGCAACUGAAGCAGGCCCAGAGUGAGGCAGGCACCAGGACUACUGUACUGACAAACAAAUGUAAAAGUCUUCAUACUGGACGCAAGUCCUCAUAUUCACUGAUGAUUCACAAACUGCAUUAUUAACUAACCUGAUGCAUUACAGCUGUCAAUAAGAAGUAACUCAGAACAUUCCAAGAAGAAACUAUAAAAAUGUAAUUAAAAAAAAAUAUAUCUUUAUAAUGGUUAUGAGAGGUGAAAGACAGCCAAUGUUGUUGGGCUGAGUAUGAUGUCCAGGAGGGUAAUGUUGAUGGAGUGUGAUAUUGUAUAGGAUGCAGUGUAGAAAAUCACAUGGAGACAUUCUCUGUCUGGCCUCCUCCGUGUUCAUAUCUACAGAAGCAAAACAGUAGCUAAUAGUGAGAGAAGGACGUCAUCCAAUGUCGAAGGCAGUCAGACCUGCAUAUUUUCAUUCAAGACCGGUUUUUAUAUUUCUGGUAUAGGGUCAUGUAUUCCACAGCCAAGAGUAUUUACAAACCACACUACUAAUGACUGUGGUGGUGCCACUAUUUGCUAUUAUGAAAGCACCAAGGUUUUAGAUUUAACUGAAGUCUACCACUGCUAUCAGAGGCCAGGGCCUGUAUUCACAAAUCACCUGAAUAGUUGUGCUGAUCUAGGAUCUGCCCGUAUAAUCUCAUUCAUUAUGAUUUUAGUCUAAACUGAUACUAAAUAAGCACUCCUACUCUGAGACACUUUGUGGAUACGGGCCUUGAUGUGACCAGAAGGCAAAGCAUCCAAUUUCAGACCGCUGAAUUGGGGUCAGAGAGACUGGCUCUCUGGCUGUGUGAUUGGUAGGUGUUGGCACGUCAGCGUCAGCAUGGGAUCAGUGUGUGUGUGUGUGUGUGUGUGUGUGCUAACAACUAAGCGCCAUAAAGGAGCACAUUGAGGACAUGAUUGCUGGGACCUCCCCUUCCCACUACCCAGGCACAUGGCUGUGAAGUGAAACCUAAAACACGGCCUGGCCGUUCUUCUCCCACAGCAGCGCUGUCAUAUUACUGCAUGUACCACAGGCUUCCCCUGCUGGUGGUAAACCACAACUGCAUGUAAAAUGAGAUUGAUUGAAUGGUCAUUGAGUGUACUAGUUUGUAAUAACAUAUGUGUGUGUGUCCCAGGCAGGAAUCAAACCCAAAUGCUGGCAUUACCAGUUCCACCAUGCACAUCUGAACCAGGUGAUGUAAAGUAUAACUGUGAGGACUUUUUACAAAACUGAACAACCACUCAGUUUAGCACAGGAGUAAAACUACAAUACUCAAGUGGCUACAUAUUACCACGAUUUAAUAUAUAUUUUUUACUAAUGGCAGAGCAGGAGCCAUAGCAGGCACAAUCACUGUAAAUUGUUCCUGUAGUAUCUAUGUAUGUGUAAUAAAGUAGCUAUAUAGUGAGGCAUAUCUUGUUUGUGUUGCAGCAGUGAUCUUAACUAAGGCCUUCGGCAGUGUCAUGGUAGAGCAUUGAAGUGAAUGUGGCAGUUUGGGGUUAAACGGCAUGGUCGGGCAGUCACCUACGCCAUUUUAUCCUCUUUCCACCACCCAUAUGAAUUAUCUGGUAUAUCAACUCUUAUCUAGAUUCUCAUGUUAGCCGUCCACUGCACUAUUACACGACCUGUGUAGCUGAGAUUCAACUUUUAACUUCUAGCACUUUGCUAUGCUACUUAAUAACCCCAAUUAAAGCAAAACUGGUUUACAACUGUACAUAGCACUCGCAAAAACAGCACGUGACUGUGUCCCUCUUCACUUAAUCUGAAUGUUUUUGUGUGUGUGUCUUUGGAAGAAUGGACAUGGUAGUCAUAACAUUAAAAAAUAUAUAUUUGAUCAAUCUUUGUGUGGAAUGGGAAUGGAACAGUAUUUAUGUACACAUUCAAUAAUGGAUUUAGUGUAUUUUAAAGAUUUGCCUGUUUUUGCAUGUAGAUUGUUGAUUUUGGUUCAUAUGUAGAUUUUUAUGCCAGCUGUUUUCUGAGACCAUGUACAGUACUGUAUACCGCGGGAGAGCUUUCAGAGCUCUUUCCACAACGUUUGUGUUUUCCCUAUGGAGAAAGUGGAAGUUCUAUAUUGCCUGUACAUUUUGGGCUGCGUUUAGAUCUAAUUGUCCAUUAUGUAAAAAGAGAAUUUAAAUGCAUAAGUGGAAAAUUCUUAAGAUAGUUAAUAAAUCUUAUUACAUUUAUAACUUCUUGCUUUGGUCAAUUUAUUUGAUCUACAUUUUUAGGGUGUGUGUAGGCUCACUUAGCAACACCCUAUCGCAAUACAAAGUAGGACUAGUAGAACAUGGCUAGAAUGGAGAGCCAAGAUGUUACUUCCUUUAUUAUUGUAUUACAAUUCAUUGCAUCCUUUCUCUUCCUCUGACUUUAUAAAGUGCUGGAUUCAAUCCGAGCGAGCUUUGUCCACAAUGCACUUUUUCAGAGCCCACAUUCGCGGUAAACACUGCAUAUGUCGGCUCAAUGGGAAAAUGCCUUUAUUGGAGCGUUGCCAAUCUGCGCUCAGAUUGAAUCCUGGCCAAAGUUAUUUAUUACAUAAAUAUAUUCAGAAAGUAGUAUGACAACAUUCUUAUAAAACAAACAAAAUCUUAUUUCCUACUUUUGUUCUAGUGUGUGAUUUUGGACUGGGUCUGUAGGUGAAUCUCUAAGCUUUUGAUGGAUGAGGAUAGAACAGGUAAAUUGAACAAAUAUAAAUCAGGGUCCAAUGUUGCUUACAAAGAGAAUGUGAAAUAAAAAUAUUUUAUUCUGAUUAUUUCAAUACAUUUUGUAUACAUACACUGGCACUCAUGAUACUAAUAAUCCAAACAAAUGUAUAUUUUUAUGUCUCAUGACUUGUUCCUUGUGAAUGAACUGACAUUUGUACCUGAGGAAAAUAAAUACAUAUGCACAACUAUUC